AUGAUAGUCAACGUUUACGCAUCUUUCGACGGUUCUGGAUUGGCUGACCAAGAGGUAUGGAUCGAAUACAAGGACAAUCCUGUCAACUUCAACAUAAUCAACGAAGCAUUGCAGAGCCAUUCAAACCGACAUAUCAAUAGCACUCUUCAGUUAGAAAUCGUACGAGCUGAAGAAGAGAUUCGUCGAGGGCGAAUGAGCGUAACACUAUGGGCACAUCAAGUGUGGGCAUUGCCCGAGCGGGUGCUUGAUGGUGUGAUUGAUCGAUUGCGGUUGAACGAUCAGAAACAAAUCAAGCUUCAGCUUGAUCGCAGCACCAAAUUGGCUUUAUCACCACAAGCUGUAUUCAAAAAUGCUUUGUAUUUCAAGGAGCAUCACACUCCUUCAUCGAAUACAAUUCUACAUGUUCGUAGAGAUGGUGUUUUCUCUCUUCAUUCAAAGUUCACACUUGAUAUUCCUUGUGUGCGGAUUGUUCCGAUGAAAGCGGUUCGUUCAUUUUGUCAUUCCAUGAAAGCGGAAUACAUCGAAUAUCCAUUAUGUGGACGAGAGAUAACGUUAAGCAGGAGUGGUGGAUACCGAAGUAGUAAUGACGUUGUGUGUGAGAUGCGGUUUGGAAGUUAUAUUCGAGACAGAUCAUUACUGCACUUGGAUUGGGCAUUCAACGCAAUUGAUGGGCAUAGUUCGCCAUGCUCAAAUGAACUCGUACCGCAUUGUUUAAUCCAAGAAAUUCAAACUUUCCGACGAGAAACGGAGUUUGUUGGUGAGGAAUUCGACGAAUUGAUCGCGUGUUUUCUGCUCAGUUAUCGUACCGCAGAUCGCUGGGGAGGUGCAUGA